AUGGCUUCAUUUCCAUUAAUGAGAAAACAAACGCCUAUGAGUCAUUGUCGGUACGUGAUCACGGACAUGCACGGAAAUGUUGUACACGGGAUUGUACACGUACACACAUGGUAUAUUAUUAAUUCCAUAUUCCAUUUUCCAGAAUCGUGGGUGGAAUUAAACUCGGGCGUUCUAUCAGGAGAGAAUGAGUACAUCAAGCUGUUGAGAGAGGCGCAGAGAGAGAGUCGGGACUCGUCCGUGAGGCACUCCAGGGCGUCCAGUGUUAAGGGCAGUCCAAAAUCACCUCCGAACAGUCCUAACUUGGAACCAUCUACCGAAGAUGAGAUGAAGGGAGUCUACAUUAACUGUUGGAGGGAUGAUUCCAACGACUGGGUCUGGGAGUGGAGCAGUCGUCCGGAUCAAAUGCCACCCAAGGACUGGCGCUUCAAACACCCCGCUCCGGUACGAGGUCCACCUUCAGCCAGCUCUUCCAUCGAGGUGUUGGAGCAACUGGCACCAGCUAUGACACAGAGUCACUGUCUGUCUGUCCGUCGAGCCUGUCUAUUCAGUCGGGGAGCUUUGGCCGCUGUACUCAUUACUAAUGUUGUCUCACUACUUGUGGGAGCCGGGAUUGGAGUGUGGCUCAGCAAACGCGGCAUACUACCCCCAAGAUUGGUAGUUCCCUGUUAA